CGCACAUCGGAUGUCCUCGAGCACAUUUCCGCAAUGAAUCCUGGGAGGAACUGCGUCUUUGGCGGAAUGUUUGAACAAUUUUUUUUUUUAUUCAAAUCACUCCAGGAUCAUGAUGGGAAUGAAAAUCAGAAAUAAUAUAACACCAGUUUGGUGAUAUAUUGCGCUGUGGACAUUCGGGAUAAUUCAACAACAUGGAGGGCAGAGGCAGUCAGGAGAGUGAGCAAACUGAAAUCGCCAAACUGACGCAGAUGAAGUCGAAAGUAAACAGACUGAGACGGAGCCCGAGAGCAGCGACACUGAACCCCGGGCAGAUCCGAAACACAGUAGAGUUCAAGACGCCGACACGUCCAGCAAGAGGCCAGUUCAGAAGACUGAUAGCUGACGACUCCCCCAGCAACGAUCCUGAUUCUCAUCAGGACAUUAUAUGGGAUACGACAUCCCCAUCACCCAUUCGACAUGGUCGUGGACAAAGGAGAGCUGCAAAUGUCAGAACGGUGGAUAUAUCGGACCUUGCCAAUCGGAUCGCUCCAAAGAAUGGAAGACUAGAAGAAGCGGACUCGUCUUUACUGCAGUGGAUUGGAGAUAGUGCCAUUCCCUGCACACCAGAAGUACGGCAAGCCAAAGUCAAGCCUGUGCCGACAAAACAGAGCAUUGUAGAAGAUCUAAUGCGGCUGGCGAAGCGCUUUGACUUUAACAUGAGGCAAGAUGAAGCCCAAGAACAGAGCUCGGAUGCACCAGGUUCAGAACGUGCCGUGAAGCAAGAGCCGCCACAUGGCGAUCGAUUCACAACAGCUCACGACGGUUCUGCCGUGAAGAGUGCUGCUCUAGAACCCAUUGAGAACCCUGUUGAUGAAAGAGGGCUUAAUCAGGAGAUGGACGAUGACCUUGAUUUCCUUUUCGAUGGGCCGACUCAGCAGCUCAGCGGGCGUCUCAGUCAGGCGUCGAGUUUUCAUACUCAGGAUGUCUCUGAGAGAAAUGUUCUGAAAGCCUGUGAUUCACAAAGAGGUUCUUCGUUUGGUACGAAAGCAAACAGUGACAGUAAACAAGUUAAGAACGCUGAUGAUUUUGAUGACGAUUGGAACAGCGACGGUUUACUUGAUGACUCUUUGCUGUUGGAGAUGACGCAAAACCCAGAUCUGUUUGCUGCACCGCAGCACAGUUCAACACAAAUACAAACUCACAAGAAUCAAACUGCCUUAAGUGUAAUGGCAAACAAACCACAAGAAGCUAAAAAUAAUGUUAAAUGUGGCACAUUUCAAGGGCAAAAGAUGAAAAGCGAACAAACUUUUCAGCUGGACUCUCGGAUGGAGGCAAAGCCUUGUGGAGGGUUGCCUAGAAAUGGAAAUCACAUGGAAAAUAAUUGCACAAAUAAGGUUUUUCCCAUGAGUAAAGCUUUGCCAGUUGCUCCAAAUUGCUUUAAUGCCAGUCAGAACCAGCAAUAUCAGCACAAAACGCAAGUACGACAGGAUCAGGUUAUUCAAAAUUCAUCUGAACUUAACAUUGUUUCCUCAACGCGCCAUUUCCAUUCAAACACCAAAGAGAUGCCGCCGUCCACCGGCCUCAGCGCUUCUCUUCAUUCGAAGCCACCUAGCACGCACCAAAAUCCAAACUCUGGAGGUGUUAAACAAAGAGAAGAGGAUGCCGUUACAGGCCAAGAUGGCUUCAGUGAUGUUUUAGAUGAAGACCUGGACUCCUUUUUUGCAUCUGAUGACAUCUGGGAUGACGGAGUCGAGGACGAUGAUCUGUUUUGUGAGGCAUGUGAUAAUCUUGAGGAGUUAUCUGGCAACGCUGAAACCCCAGGCUCAAACGGCCAACACAACACCACAAAAGCACCACAAAACAAACUGUAUGAAACGGCCAGUCAGCAAACGGUAUUUGCUCAUCCUUAUCCACCCAAAAGGCCGGCUGCUAAUGUUUCCAUGUCCAGUGCAAACACAUCAGCGUCUCUGCACAGGCAGAAAGCUCAUGCUGCGAGUUCUGGGCCUACAGGACUCGGCUCUAAUGUGUCAUGUGACGCAAUGAGACCAUCUGGCCCCUCAAGUAAUGGACCGUAUAAAUUUAAACAGGUGAGCAGCUCCUCUGUAGUGGGACAUGGGACCUGUGCUGCUGCUGCUGCUGCCCCCACACAGCAGGGUCACGAGAGGGGCGUGCUGGCUGUCCUCCAAUCAGAUGUGAGAAUAUCAGACAGUCGCCAGUUCAAAAAGCCAUACACGGACUCGUUCAAGUCUGCGCCGGUCCUUGCCAAAGUGUGUGUUUCUGUAGAUGUGUGUAAGUCUGGAGCCGUGAAGUGCAGUGAUGCUGAGAUCGAGAGGAAGAAGCAGCAGGCUAUGGAGAGGCGGAGACUCAAGAUGCUGACCAAUCAGAACCUCAGAGCUCCUGUUUGAUUCCACGUUACUUUGGAGAUGUACAACAAAACAGGCCUGUAGGGUUCUAUGUCUAUAUAAAGAGUUACUGUCUACAUCAUAACUGUUCCUGUUUUACACAACAAAUCUUUGCAGUUUCAUGGAUCUAAUUUUCCUGCAUUUCCGCUUGUUUGUGGACAAGCUGUUAUCAAAACUCUGUAGGAACAAUGGCUUUCGUUGCUUUAAGGGCCAUUCUUAUGUGUAGAACAUUUGACUGCUCAGAAAAUUAAACGCUGAUCUAAGGUCAUGUGUUUUGCCAUCAACGUUUCUGUUUGGGCAUCAGAACAGAUCCUAGAUCAACACUUUUGUUUUUUUGAUAAACAUAUAUGAUGAUGUUCUCAAUAGAUCCCCAUUGGUUAUUGCUAGAAAAUCAGGAGUAGCUGCCUUUUUCACUUCAGUCACUUUUAUGCACAUUUUAAAUAAAUUGUAUAAUAAAUAUUUUCCUUCAGUCUUUAUUUUAACAAUUUUAUGCUUAAAGCACUCUUGUUCAGUUUAUAAUGAAGAAGAAAUUUUAAAAAUGUUGGUUGGUUGAUUUUAUUGUUUUUGUCAAUUUAUGAGUGUUAAAAUAAGAAGCCCAGAAUAAUAAAGUGACUUCAAGUAAGUGAUGUACAGUA